UCACAGCUCGUCCUUGUUUGGCCUUAGCUGCAUCAGAGCACCACUUCUCCCCAGGUUCACCAGAGGAAACACCACUGCACACAAUGCUUUUCCUCCCAGCUGCUGCUCUGUGCUGGCUGUGUUCAGCGCUGGUUGCCAUGGCAGCAGAGCUAAUUCAGGAUGAUUUAACAUUGACCAGGAGAGUUGGUCAAAGUGUCUCCUUCAGAUGUGGAAACAUUCACCUGUGUGACACCAAUGGGAGAGUGGUCUGGAUACAGUAUAAAGAGGGUGAUACAUUCAGGAUGAUACUUGACAUUGAUAAAAGUACUAAUAAAAUUUACUCUGAUUACAAUCAUCCUCAGAAAGAUGAUUUCUCAGCUGUGAAUAUUCAGAACAGCUGUGAGUUGCAGAUAGAGAAAGUUAAACUGGAUCAUUCAGCCACCUACUACUGUAACUGUGUAAAACGUGAUCUCCACAAUGGCUACCCAAUCUCUGGAUCUGGGACUAAACUGUAUGUAACAGAUGAGCAGGUAGUGAAGCCCGUGGUGAGCGUGUACCCAGCAGCAUCCAGAGUCCACCAGGAGGGGAGGAGCUCCCUGCUGUGUCUGGCCUCAGCCAUGUUUCCUCCUCUGGUCCAGUUCUCCUGGAAAAGACAGAAGGAGGACGGCUCUCUGGAGGAGCUGCUCCCUGCUGAGGGAGAUCAGCUGGAGAUCAGAGAGUCGGGACGCUCCGCUGCCAUCAGGGUGGUCGAUCGUGAUGCUUUCUACACACAGAAAUACAUCUGCUACGUCAAGCAUGAGGGGGGAACAGUGGAGGCCCAAACACAACAAGAGCUUCCAGCUCCAGCAGCCUCCUGUCCUCCAGAGAGAGAACCAGCAGACCUGCAAGCUGACUUGUCCUUCCAGUCUGAGUUGAGGGUGAAGCUGCUCUUGCUGCUGUCCACAGUGCUGAUAGUGAAGAGUCUGGUGUACUGCUGUGGACUCUCUCUGCUGAUGAUCCUCAGAAACAAGGGGCCGUCCACCAACUGCACACAUGCUGACUGUUUUCUGCUGGACUUUUCUCUCCGUCAAAUCUCAUGA